GGUAAAUCCUAGAGGGGCAGGUGAGUGGUUAUAAAAGCGGCACGCUCGGGGUGAGUCGCACGUGAACUCAGAGCAGUUUCUACUUUGCUUUGGCUGCCAAGGAGCCCGCGAAAUUCUUCUCCAAAUUUCAAGGCCGGAAUUUCUUCCAGCAUGAGAAUUUCUGCGGCAGCGUUAAUGUAGCUUGCGUCCACCAAAGCACACCACAGUAUUCUUUUAGGACACAUCUUAGCGAUCAAUAUUCGAAGGACUGUAUUCUUAGUCGAGUCAGCGGUCUACAUACCGACGCCUGGCCGUUUGAGCGUCAAUUAAAAAUGGCCGACUAUCUCCUCCACGAAGGCCCGAUGGGCUACUCCAUCUUCAAGGUCGCACACCAGCAAGAUACCGUGGGCAAUAGGUUGAAGGAAGUGCAAGACAGUGUGCAAGAUCUCGCGCGAUUCGGAAAAAUGGUCGAUCUGGUCAGCUUUCUACCGUUUGAGAAUGGAAAACAAGCGCUUGAAGAGCUCCAUGACAUCUCCGAGGGCAUUGCGUCCGACUACCUGAAAUCCUUCCUCGAGCUCAAUCUCCCAAAAGCCGGAAAGAAGAACAAAGUCACCCUGGGUGUUUCGGACAAGAUCCUGGCCAGCAGUAUCAAGACCGCGUUUCCCAGCCUUGAAUGUGAAACUGGCGAUACAAGCGAGGUAGUUCAAGACAUGCUGAGAGGGCUUAGACUGCACUCUGAGAAACUUCUCAAGCAACUUCGGGAAGGUGACACUGCAACGGCACAGCUUGGUCUGGGUCAUGCGUACUCAAGAGCCAAGGUCAAGUUCUCCGUUCAGAAGAACGACAACCACAUCAUUCAAGCCAUCGCCAUUCUAGACCAGCUUGACAAGGCGAUCAACACAUUUUCCAUGCGUGUGCGAGAAUGGUACUCGUGGCAUUUCCCCGAGUUAGUCAAGAUCGUUUCGGAAAACAACAAAUACGCACAGGUCGCUUUGUUCGUCAAGGACAAGAGGACCCUGUCUGAUGAAAGCUUGCACGAUCUCGCUGCAGUGGUUGACGACGACGAGGACGUCGCAAAGAGUAUCAUUGACGCCGCAAAGACAAGUAUGGGUCAAGAAAUCUCGGUGUCCGACAUGGAAAAUGUUACACUUUUUGCUGAGCGUGUUGUCAGCCUUGCAAAGUACAGAAAGACACUCUACAGCUACUUGGUUUCCAAGAUGAGCGUGGUAGCGCCAAACCUAGCAGCCCUGAUUGGAGAGGUUGUCGGUGCGCGGCUGAUCUCACAUGCUGGUAGUUUGACGAAUCUCUCCAAGUACCCAGCCUCGACCGUGCAGAUCUUGGGUGCCGAGAAGGCUCUUUUCAGAGCCCUGAAGACAAAAGGCAACACGCCGAAAUAUGGUCUUCUCUACCAUUCCUCAUACAUUGGCCGCGCCGGACAGAAGAACAAGGGCAGGAUAUCUCGCUUCUUGGCCAACAAAUGCUCCAUUGCUUCUAGAAUCGACAACUUCUCCGAGACACCGUCAACAGUAUAUGGGCAGGCACUCAAGAAGCAAGUCGAAGAGCGACUUGACUUCUAUGCUUCAGGAGCUCAGCCCACGAAAAAUGAAGUUGCAAUGAAAUCCGCAAUGGACAAAAUCCUUGCAGACAUGGACAUAGAUGAGCCAUCCAAAGCUGAUGUCGAGAUGUUUGACGCAGAGCCUACUGCUGUACAAAAGCAGGAAAAGAAGAAGAAGGAUAAGGACAGCAAGGAGAAGAAGAAAGACAAGAAGCGAAAGUCUGAAGGCGGCGAGGUUGACGGCGAGGAGAAGAAAAAGAAGCGCAAGUCUAUGGACACGGAUGGUGAAGUGGGAGAGAAGAAAAAGAAGAAGAAGUCCAAGUCAGAAUAACGGACGAAAUGAGAUUAUGCGCAUGGCGUUGGUAGGAAAUGGUUGCUAUGUUGGUUUCGCUGGAUGGUGUUUUGUACAUGGGCAAGAAUCCAGACAUGAAUCAAAGGUGUACAAGUAGAAGUCCAUAAACAAUACCUAAGGGCAUCGCUACUUGCUCACGACGUGCACA